AUUGUCAAAUGUCAAUUUUGACAUUGUUUACUGACGAGACCUGAACAAGGUAGCAUUAAACCAAUUUUAUUUGUAAAAAAUGAUUUAAACCAAAAUUAUUAAGUAAGUUAAUACUCUACUCAUGAAAAAAACAGUGAUCGAAUCAUGUCUUUAUCAAAAUGGCGAGAUUGAACAAUCCGGACUAUACCAAUAUAAAAAGUAUUCAUGAAUUAUCCGUCUUUAACUUAAAAGGUGAACCUGUACAGUUAGCAAUAUACAAGGGCCAUGUCUGCAUCAUUGUUAACAUUGCCACAAAGUCUCCUUUUACCGACAUGCAUUACAAACAAUUUAAUGGACUGAUGAAAACGCUUGGGGAGAGUAAAGGACUAAGAAUUUUAGCGUUCCCUUGCAAUCAGUUUGGUCUAGAAGAACCGGGAACAUCGGAAGAAAUAGAAGAACAUGCUAUUAAAAACAAUGUUUUAUUUGAUAUAUAUGGAAAAAUAGAAGUGAAUGGAGAAAAUGCAAGUCCACUUUACAAGUAUAUGAAGAAACAUCUCUCUGGAAACAAGACUGGAGACAUGAUCAGGUGGAGUUACACGAAGUUCAUUGUGACCAAAGCUGGUGUCCCAGUUGAACGCUUUGGCCCAGAAAUUGAACCAAGAACUUUUGAAGAAAUACUCACACCUUACUGGUGAUUCUUAUUUGAAGUGGAGUAAAAAAAUCUUUACCUAAAAAUACUGUUAGCCGAAUACUGGACCAAUACACAAUGACAUGAGUUUAUCUAGGUCAAACCUAAUAUGGACAAAAAUACGAAACUAGCCGGGAGUCGCUACAUCUAUCUCUUUCUUUACCCUAAUAUAAAUGGACGAUGUGAACCAAUGGCAAUAUUUUUACAAAAUUAAUCAGUUUUGUGAAGCCGGUUGCGAUACCUAUUUGGCUGUAGCUGAAAAAAAAUUGUUCCAUAUCAACGUUCAAAAUAAUAGACAUACUGCAGUGCAUAUUUACUCAAGUCUAAAAAUAAACACGUAGGUUCUAAAAAUAAGUGAGCUUACAGUAGCUGCCUACCUACCUACGUAUUUCUCGAUCAGUGACUAAACCGCAUUGUGUGCUAUUUACUUGUUUUAAACUCUUGUUUAUACCGUAAGUAGUUCUAUUAUAUACUACUCAACUAGCAAAUAGCCGCGAGAUUAAGCAACACAAGGCCGGAUCACUUAAAUUUUUCAUGGAGCCUGAUGAGAUUGCACGUCUUUUGGCCCUGUUACUAAAGCGAAAAUAUCAGCGUAGAAGCCAAACUCGUAUGCAUGCAAGUACCUCUUAUCACACAAUCCCAAUAAUAAAUAUCGCACAAGUGAGUCGUGCCCUAGCGUCGAUGGAACAACAGAACCAGUUGGUGUUAGUCCAAACACCAAUAAACACUGCGAGCCCAAACGUAAGUAAUCGGAAUAGGAGACGACGUCAACGCAAACGCAAGAAUUCGCCGUUUUCAAUGUAAAAUGUAGAAUUAGCGACGAAGCUGACCGAAUUACGUGAUAUCUACCAAAUUUAUUGUUUCACAUAACUAACAAAAUUUUGAUUUAAAAUUUAAAACCAUGAUUAAGUACUUAGGGUAUGUUCCAUAUUUUUAGCAAGGUUUAAGUUGAAAUUUAUUGUAUUUUACAAAAUUACAGUGUUUAAAAUAAAA